AUGUUGAGGGAUAGACUUGUUUGUGGCGUGAAUGAUAGCACAUUGCAGCGUCGAUUAUUAUCAGAAAAAGAUUUGAGAUUCAAAAAUGUGUAUGACAUCUGCCUAGCCCAUGAGACAGCUUCUCGGGGUCUAACGGUUCUCAAGGAAUCUAAUACCAUGUUGGGGGAAGGCAGAGGAGAAACACUGAGGCAUGUCAGAGCAGACAAGACUGACAAAGGUAAGCCAAACUAUACUGCCCGAGCUUACGAUACUAGAUCAAGCAGUUCUUGUCAAUGGAAAUGUUUCCGUUGUGAAGGUCAGCAUUCAGCAGAUGGAUGCAGUUUCGCAGAUACCACUUGCAGAUUUUGUAAUAAGAAAGGACACAUUGAAAAGGCCUGUUUUGCAAAAAAGCGUCAAAUGAAUAGAAGACAGGUACAUAACCAAUCAACAGAAAAUGAUACAUGGUGUCACAGCUCCAGUGAUACAGGAGACUAUGAUUUAUCACUGAGUAACCUCAAGAUCAGCAGAGUUUCGGAAAAAUACAUGGUGACAGUGAGGAUAAACAAACAGCCGAUCAAGAUGGAAGUUGAUUCGGGUGCUGCCACUGCAGUGAUAAGUGAAAAAACAUUUCGGGACAAUUUCAAAGACAAUAUGCCAGAGAUCAAGGAAUCAGCUGCAGUUCUCAAAGACUACCAGAAUGGUGUUAUUCCUACAUUUGACCGUUCAUAUCGCGAGGGUGACGUCAUCGCUGUCGACGUCGCUCCAAUGGCCGGAAUCGACGGCGAUGCGCCUGCAAAUGUUCCGCGGUACGCGGUGCACCUCUGGUCAGAUCUCGAUGACGGUUUCCUGCCUAUGGUGCGCCAGACUGUCGGAAAUCGAGUGGCUGCUGCCGGGGAUCGGUUCAGGAAAGCCGUCGUCCAGGCAUUCGGUCACGUCUUCGAAUUUGCUACUGAAACAAAGGAACGAGGACGUAGAGAUCUCACCAUCUAG